CUCCCCCCAGGGAGGCCGUCUGGGUCCGGUUCCGGGUGUUACCUACUUGGUGGGGCUGGUGGAGGGGGGAGGAAAAUGGCGUCGGACUUGGAGACGGAGGUUCAGGCCAUUGACAGGAGCUUGCUGGAAUGUUCUGCCGAGGAGGUUGCCGUGAAAUGGCUACAAGCAACUGAUCUUCCUAAAGAAGUAUACCUGCAUCUAGCCUACUAUGUACCCAAAAUUUACUGCAGGGGUCCUAACCCUGCCCCACAAAGAGAAGACAUGCUAGCACAACAUGUACUGCUGGGACCAAUGGAAUGGUAUCUGUGUGGUGAAGAUCCUGCAUUUGCAUUUCCAAAACUUGAGCAAGCAAACAAACCUUCCCAUCUCUGUGGUCGGGUUUUUAAAGUGGGAGAACCAACAUACUCUUGCAGAGACUGUGCGGUUGAUCCAACUUGCGUGUUAUGUAUGGAGUGCUUUUUGGGAAGUAUUCAUAGAAAUCAUCGAUACAGGAUGACAACAUCAGGCGGAGGAGGUUUCUGUGAUUGUGGUGAUACUGAAGCUUGGAAAGAAGGUCCGUACUGUCAAAAGCAUGAACUUAACACAGCAGAGACAGCAGAAGAGGAGGAUCCUCUGGUGCAUUUAUCGGAAGAUAUGAUAGCAAGAGCUUAUAACAUUUUUGCUAUCAUGUUUCAGUAUGCAGUAGAUAUAUUAACAUGGGAAAAAGAAAAUGAAUUGCCACCUGGUUUAGAGACUGUCGAGAAGAGUGACACUUAUUACUGCAUGCUUUUUAAUGAUGAAGUCCACACGUAUGAACAAGUUAUAUACACUCUCCAGAAAGCUGUCAACUGUACACAGAAAGAAGCCAUUGGUUUUGCAACAACAGUAGACAGAGAUGGACGUAGAUCAGUCCGAUAUGGAGACUUCCAGUAUUGUGAUCAAGCAAAAUCAGUAAUAGUGAGAAAUACCAGUCGCCAGACAAAGCCAUUGAAGGUUCAGGUUAUGCAUUCAUCUAUUGUUGCCCAUCAGAGCUUUGGUUUGAAGCUCCUGACUUGGCUUGGCAACGUUAUUGGAUAUUCAGAUGGCCUUCGUCGAAUAUUGUGUCAGGUUGGUUUACAGGAGGGACCAGAUGGUGAAAAUUCUUCUCUUGUUGAUAAACUAAUGCUGUCUGAUUCUAAACUGUGGAAAGGAGCUAGAAGCAUGUACCAUCAGUUAUUCAUGAGCAGUCUACUUAUGGAUUUGAAAUACAAGAAACUUUUUGCUAUCCGGUUCGCAAGAAAUUACCGGCAGUUGCAGAGAGAUUUUAUGGAGGAUGAUCACGAGCGGGCAGUGUCGGUGACUGCUCUAUCUGUCCAACUCUUCACUGUACCUACUCUGGCUCGAAUGCUGAUAACAGAAGAAAAUCUUAUGACCACGAUCAUCAAAACUUUUAUGGACCACUUAAGGCACCGUGACAUCCAGGGCAGGUUUCAGUUUGAACGAUAUACUGCCCUUCAAGCUUUCAAAUUCAGGCGGGUUCAGAGCCUUAUUUUGGAUCUCAAGUUUGUGUUGAUAAGCAAGCCAGCUGAUUGGACAAAUGACUUGAGGCAAAAGUUUUUAGAGGGGUUUGAUGCCUUCUUAGAGUUACUAAAGUGUAUGCAGGGUAUGGAUCCAAUAACUCGUCAAGUAGGACAACAUAUCGAAAUGGAACCAGAAUGGGAAGCAGCAUUUACUUUACAGAUGAAAUUAACACAUGUUAUUUCAAUGAUGCAGGAUUGGUGUGCUUUAGAUGAAAAAGUACUUAUUGAAGCUUAUAAGAAAUGCUUGACUGUGCUGAUGCAGUGCCACAGUGGCUUUACUGAUGGUGAACAGCCUAUCGUUCUCAGUAUAUGUGGACAUUCUGUUGAGACCAUCAGAUACUGUGUUUCUCAGGAAAAAGUUAGCAUUCAUCUCCCAGUUUCUCGUUUACUUGCAGGUUUGCAUGUGUUGCUAAGCAAAAGUGAAGUGGCAUACAAAUUUCCAGAGCUUUUACCGCUGAGUGAACUUAGCCCACCUUUGUUAAUAGAACACCCUCUACGAUGUCUAGUUUUAUGUGCCCAAGUGCAUGCAGGGAUGUGGAGAAGAAAUGGGUUCUCUCUUGUUAAUCAAAUCUAUUACUAUCAUAAUGUGAAAUGCAGAAGGGAGAUGUUUGACAAAGACAUAAUAAUGCUUCAGACAGGUGUGUCCAUGAUGGAUCCAAACCAUUUCCUGAUGAUAAUGCUGAGUCGCUUUGAACUUUAUCAGAUAUUUAGCACUCCAGACUACGGCAAAAGAUUUAAUACUGAAAAUACCAAUAAGGAUGUAGUUCAGCAGAAUAAUACUCUUAUAGAAGAAAUGCUAUAUUUAAUUAUAAUGAUUGUUGGAGAGAGAUUUAGUCCUGGAGUAGGACAGGUAAAUGCUACAGAUGAAAUCAAGCGAGAAAUUAUCCAUCAGUUGAGCAUCAGACCCAUGGCCCACAGUGAAUUAGUAAAAGCAUUACCAGAAGAUGAGAACAAGGAGACUGGAAUGGAAAGUGUGAUUGAAGCUGUUGCCUGUUUCAAAAAACCUGGAUUAACAGGCAGAGGAUUGUAUGAACUAAAACCAGAAUGUACCAAGGAUUUCAAUCUCUAUUUCUAUCACUUUUCAAGGGCAGAGCAAUCUAAGGCAGAGGAAGCACAAAGAAAGCUGAAAAGACAAAACAGAGAAGAUACAGCACUUCCUCCUCCUGUUCUGCCUCCUCUCUCUCCUCUUUUUGCAAGCCUGAUUAAUAUUCUCCAGUCUGAUGUCAUGUUGUGCAUUAUGGGAACAAUACUCCAGUGGGCAGUAGAACAUAACAGCUAUGCCUGGUCAGAGUCCAUGCUGCAGAGGGUUUUGCACUUGAUAGGAAUGGCACUACAAGAAGAAAAACAACACCUAGAGAAUCUCAAUGAAGAGAGUGUUGUAACAUUUACCUUCACUCAGAAGAUCUCAAGACCUGGUGAGGCACCCAGUAAUUCCCCUAGUAUAUUAGCUAUGCUAGAAACUUUGCAAAAUGCACGUCAUCUAGAAGUGCACAAGGACAUGAUCAGAUGGAUUCUGAAGACUUUUAAUGCCAUUAAGAAGCUAAGAGAGAGCUCUUCUACAAGUCCUGUCCCUGAGACUGAAGGAAAUAUUAUAGAAGAGGGUUCACGAGAUAAAGACAAAGCUGAGAGGAAGCGAAAAGCUGAGAUUGCUAGGCUGCGCAGAGAGAAGAUCAUGGCUCAGAUGUCUGAGAUGCAGCGGCACUUCAUUGAUGAGAACAAAGAACUCUUUCAGCAGACUUUAGAAGAACUAGCUACUUCAACCUCCAGAGCACUCGAUAAUAGUCCUACAGUUUCAGAUACAAAACUUACAGCUUUGGGACCAAAGCAAACUAGAGUGACUGAACGGAGACAGGUUGUUACCUGUAUAUUGUGUCAAGAAGAACAGGAGGUUAAAGUGGACAGCAGGGCUAUGGUCUUGGCAACAUUUGUUCAGAGAUCUACUGUAUUGUCUAAAAACCGGAACAAAGUUAUUCAGGAUCCUGAAAAAUAUGACCCAUUAUUCAUGCAUCCAGAGCUGUCAUGUGGAACACACACGGGUAGCUGUGGACAUAUUAUGCACGCCCACUGUUGGCAAAGGUAUUUUGAUGCUGUUCAAGCAAAAGAGCAACGAAGACAACAGAGAUUACGUGUGCAUACAAGUUAUGAUGUAGAAAAUGGUGAAUUCCUUUGCCCUCUUUGUGAAUGUUUAAGCAACACUGUUAUUCCUCUGCUUCCUCCACCAAGAGGUUUAUUUAACAGGUUGGAUUUUUCAGACCAACCAAAUCUAGCUCAAUGGAUAAGAACAAUAUCCCAGCAAAUCAAAGCAUUAUAUAUACUUCGUGAUGAAGAAACUGCUAAUAAUUCUUGUGGUAAUUCAGAAAAAAUGGAUGAGCUACAGCUACCUAAAGGAUUUAGGCCUGACUUCCAACCAAAGUUUCUUUAUUCUGAAAGCAUUAAAGAGAUGCUAACAACAUUUGGUACUGCAACAUAUAAAGUAGGACUGAAGGUGCAUCCCAAUGAAGAAGAUCUGCGUGUACCCAUAAUGUGCUGGGGUAGCUGUGCUUACACAAUACAGACUAUAGAACGAAUUUUAGCUGAUGAAGAUAAACCAUUAUUUGGUCAUUUACCUUGCCGACAGGAUGACUGCCUUACUUCAUUAACAAGAUUUGCAGCAGCACACUGGACAAUUUCAUCUCUUUCGUCAGUACAGGGUCACUUUUGUAGGCUCUUUGCAUCACUGGUGCCUAAUGAAAAAAGUGGAAAUCUUCCAUGCAUUCUUGAUAUUGACAUGUUUCAUUUAUUGGUAAGCUUGGUGCUCUCUUUUCCUGCCAUAUACUGUCAGGAUUUUUCAGGGGUUAGUCUUGGCACUGGAGAUCUUCACAUCUUCCAUCUUGUCACAAUGGCACACAUAGUACAAAUUUUACUUACUUCAUCAACAGAAGAAAAUGGCAUGGACCAAGAAAACCCUAAUGGUGAAGAAGAAGUAGCAGUGCUUACUUUGUAUAAAGUUCUUUGUCAGCAUACAGGAAGUGCCUUGAAAGAAAUAUCCUCAGGCUGGCAUCUGUGCAGGAGUAUAAAAGCUGGAAUUAUGCCUUUCCUGAGAUGCUCUGCUUUGUUUUUCCAUUAUUUAAAUGGAGUCCCAGCACCAUCAGAAAUUCAAGUAACCGGGGCAAGCCAAUUUGAGCAUUUAUGUAGCUAUCUUUCCCUGCCAAACAACCUCAUUUGCCUUUUUCAAGAAAAUGGCAAAAUUAUGGACACAUUAGUAGAAAGUUGGUGUAGUGACAAUGAAGUAAAAAGGUACCUGGAAGGCAAAAGACAAGCCAUAAGCUAUGCAAGAGACUCUAACAAAUUAAUAGACCUUCCAGAUGAUUACAGCUGCCUCAUUAAUCAAGCAUCUAAUUUCUCGUGUCCAAAAUCAGGCGGUGAUAAAAGCAGAGCACCAACAUUGUGCCUUGUAUGUGGGACCAUGCUAUGUUCUCAGAGUUACUGUUGUCAAACAGAGUUAGAAGGGGAAGAUGUUGGAGCCUGUACUGCACAUACAUAUGUAUGCGGUUCUGGAGUGGGUAUAUUUCUCAGAGUACGAGAAUGUCAAGUGCUAUUUUUAGCUGGAAAAACAAAGGGCUGCUUUUAUGCUCCUCCCUAUCUUGAUGAUUAUGGAGAGACGGACCAGGGACUCAGGCGUGGGAAUCCCUUACACUUGUGCAAAGAACGGUUUAAAAAGAUUCAAAAACUCUGGCAACAGCACAGUAUCACAGAAGAAAUUGGACAUGCACAAGAAGCAAAUCAAACACUAGUUGGCAUUGAUUGGCAGCAUUUAUAAUUGGUUAUCAUCUGAAGACUGGAACUUUAUUUAUGAUGAUUUUUGUAACCCAGUAAAUUUUUCAAACAAAAGAGGGAUUAGGGGGAAAAAAAUUGAGGAAAAUAAAGAGACGAUUCCAGUCCUUCUAUUUAACCUUUGUUUUCCAAUUUAUUUUGUAAAGUUCUUGGUUACAAUAACCAUGUAAACUUUUUUCUAUGUAAGCAGGUUUUACUAGUAGUAUUAUUUGCACUGUGCUUCCUUCACAUGAAACCUCUUGGGGUAUAGAACCUGGGCAAAUGAACUUAAGUUUCUGGGACAAAAGAAUGACUCUUCUUGGAAAUCUGACUCUGAUUUUUCUAAUGAACUACAAGAGGGGGAAAAAAAACUGCUGAAAUGGAGACUAGAUUAAGCACAAUUAUGGAUUGUGUUUUGCCCUUUGCUAAUAAUCUGAGCCGGUUUACUUUAUUUAUUAUUCUGUGUUUUAAUACUUAAACUGUGUACAUGCAAUGGAAUAAAGUAAGGAUGAAAAUAA